AUGGCCACCGAGCCCGAAGCUCCCACCCAGGCGCCCCCCGCCGCGGCCACCGACGCGACAGCGCCUGCUCCCGCCAGCAAGCAGCUCGUCGACCCCUGGAACGUGGCCGGCGAGAUUGGCGAGGAUGGCAAGGCCAAGGCCAUCGACUACAAUAAGCUUGUCGACGAGUUCGGCACCAAGCUGAUCGACCAGAACCUGCUCGCCCGCUUCGAGAAGGUCACCGGCCACAAGCCCCACCGCUUCUUGCGACGCAAGAUCUUCUUCAGCGAGCGAGACCUCAACCUGAUCCUGGACCGCCAUGAGAAGGGUGAACCGUUCUUCCUGUACACGGGCAGAGGGCCCAGCAGUGACAGCAUGCACGUUGGCCACACUCAGAUCUUCGACUUUGUCAAGUGGUUACAGGAUGUCUUUGAUGUCCCGUUGAUCAUCAUGCUUACGGAUGACGAAAAAUUCCUGUUCUCGGAAAAGAGAACUGUCGAAGAGGUCAUGGGCUACACUAGGGACAACACCAAGGACAUCAUUGCCAUCGGAUUCAACCCCGAGAAGACCUUCAUCUUCUCGGAUUACGACUUCAUGGGUGGUGCUUUCUACAGAAACAUCACCCGGUUUUCCAAGAUGGUCACUUACAACCAAGCCAAGGCCGUUUUUGGUUUCAACGACAGCUCCAACAUCGGCAAGAUCCACUUCGGAAGUAUCCAGGGUGCCACCUCGUUUGCCUCAUCAUUCCCGCACAUCUUUGGCACCGACGAACCUAGGACCAACAAGAUUCCAUGUCUCAUCCCCUGCGCCAUCGAUCAGGACCCUUACUUCCGCGUCACGAGAGAUGUGGCUUCCCGCCUAAAGUUUGCUAAGCCAUCGCUCAUCCAUGCUCGAUUUCUGGACGCCCUCCAAGGGCCCGGAUCCAAGAUGUCGGCCAGCAUUGACACGUCGGCCAUCUUCCUGAAGGACACCCCGAACCAGAUCAAGAACAAGAUCAACAAGUAUGCCUUCUCGGGUGGUCAAGAGACCGUCGAGGAGCACCGAAAGCUGGGUGGCAACCCGGAUGUUGAUGUCUCUUACCAGUGGUUGAACUUCUUUAUGGAAGAUGACGAUGCGCUCAAGAAGCUCGGCGAGGACUACAGAAAAGGAGAGCUUCUCACAGGCGAGUUGAAAGCGGUGUGUAUCAAGCAUCUCCAAGAAUACGUGGCGGGCUUCCAGGAGCGUAGAUCAAAGGUCACAGAGGAGGUUGUUGACGACUUCAUGGCUCGCAAACCAUUGAACUGGAAAGGAAACCCCAAGACAGAGAGAGUCGUGCCCGUGUCCGGCGACGCACCCGCAAAGCUGGAAGCUGGCGAGGGCGAAGGGAAGUUGACGAAGAAUCAGCUCAAAAAGCUAGAGAAGGAGAGACAGGUCGCUGCGAAGAAGGCCGCCAAGGCCGCAGAGAAGGAGGCUGCAAAGGCGAACGCUUCGUAG